AUGGGGAAAGGAACGGAUAAGCUAUACAUCACACACUCUGAGUGGGCAUCAGAAGAUGCAUUCUCAGCUAGUGCUGGCGCUGGUGUGUCAAAGGCAAAGAAAGGUGGCCCCCAUGCCGCGUUCAAACGCUUACCGUUCAAUUUCUGCUCCCUGUCACUCCAACCCUACUCACAUCCCGUUUGCACACCAUCUGGAACACUUUUUGACCUCACAAACAUUCUGCCAUGGAUCAAGAAGCAUGGGACAAAUCCUGUUGAUGGAGCCCCGCUGAAGGGUUCCGACUUGAUCAAGUUGACUAUCGCAAAGAAUGAGGACGGCGACUACGUUGACCCGGUCACCUACAAGGUUCUAACUGAUAACACACAUAUUGUUGCACUACGGAAUACAGGCAAUGUAUUUUCCUGGGAUACGGUAGAGCGGCUCAACAUCAAAGGGAAACUGUGGCGCGACUUGGUCACAGAUGAGGAAUUUAGUCGGAAGGACAUUAUCACUCUACAAGAUCCGCAGAACAUCGAGUCACGCAACCUCAGCUCAUUCAACUAUAUCAAAGAUGGAGAAACGGGAAUUCUGGAGGAUCAAAAGGCUUCUGGAAGUGUCAACACCAGUGCACUUGGCAGCUCGGCAAAGAUCCUAAAGGCGAAAGAGGCGGUGGCAAAGGCGCGGUCAGAACGCGCUCAGCAGGCGAAUGCCGUGGCUGGCUCAAAGACAGUUUCGAAGCUCGGAUCUGCAAGUGCAGCUACCAAGGUGGGCGGGGCACAAUCGGCAAAGCCAACACCUUACAACGCCGCACGGUUCACAACGGGCAAGGCGGCUGCCUCGUUCACCAGUACGGGCUUGACACCGCACACAUCUGCCGAGCUAGCUGUACUAUCAGAGGAGGAAUACAUGCUUAAACGGGGCCGCGUCAAGGCGAAAGCUUACGCACGCAUCGUGACUACCGCCGGUCAUCUGAAUCUGGAGUUGUAUCCCGAGUAUGCGCCCAAAACUGUGUGGAAUUUCCUUCAGCUGGCCAAGAAGGGCUAUUACAACGAUGUUCCUUUUCACCGCAAUAUCAAGGGCUUCAUGCUCCAGGGCGGUGAUCCAACCGGUACCGGACGAGGCGGCGAGAGUAUCUGGGGCAAAUAUUUCGCCGAUGAGUUUGAGGGACCCUUGAAGCACGAUGGCCGAGGCACUCUGAGCAUGGCUAAUAAGGGCAAAAACACAAACAGCAGUCAAUUUUUCAUUGCCUAUCGAGCUCUGCCUCAUCUCAACCUCAAGCACACCAUCUUCGGUCGUCUGAUCGAUGACCCAACCCCUUCGUCUACUACUCUGAAUAUGCUCGAGACCCACCCCGUGGAAGCCAACACGAAUCGUCCUACCCCCGAUGUGCGCAUCAAGGAAAUCACAGUCUUCGUAGAUCCAUUCGAGGAUUUCCUGAAACAGAAGCGCGCCGACGAAGCGCGCGCCACGGGUGCCACAGGCCCUUCUGCUGAAGAACAGGAAGAGACAGCUCGCCGCGUUGACGAUGACCGCGUUACCUGGACCGGUAAGCGAGUCCGCGGUGCUGGUGCGGAAUCGAAUGACGACGGUGCCCCGGGUGGCAUUGGAAAAUAUCUGAAGGCAGCAUUGGCAGAUCGCAGUGGGCAGGAAGAAGACGAGAUUGUGGAGUUUGUAGAUGAGCUUGCGCAUGAGCCUAUCCGUAAAAAGCCCAAAGCUUCAGGAGGCUUCGGGGAUUUUAGUUCAUGGUAA